AUGUCUUCAAGUAUCAACACUCCAGUUCCAACGACGCUCGCAUAUAACAUCGCGGGAUGCUCAGAACAUAGCGGACGAUAUGUUGCGGAGAACAUAAUGGUAGAUACUCCUUAUGACCAGACUAGCCGGUGGAGUGGAGCACAUCAGGAGCCAAAUAUGAAGCAAUGGAUGCUCCUACGCUUGGAUAACCUGAGCGUCGUCAAAAGCAUCACUUUCGGAAAGUUCCACAAAACACACCCUUGUAAUAUGAAAGAAUUCAAGCUUUAUGUUGGGUUGCAUCAAGAUCAUAUGACAGAAGUUCUCCAUUGUGGCCUCAAGAAUGACACUGUUGCAGAGACCUUUGCGGUAAGGCAUGUCAAUAAUAUGGGCAUAUGUUUUCCUACCCGCUUUAUCAAAAUCGUGCCAUUAUCCGCCCAUGGGCAAAGCUUCCAUACUUCCAUCUGGUUUGUUUCCUUGCUGGGUAUCGCAGACCCUUCGUAUGUAGAGCAAAUCUGUGCAAGAUAUGACGACUAUCGUGAAUCGAUUGUUCUCCGUCAUGUCCUGAAGCAUCUCCGCCAACGUCGCCUUUUAACGCCCUAUCAUUCAAUUUUAUCGAGCUCAAAUUUUGAACCUGAACACCCUUUGGUUACAUCUCUCUAUUCACAUCUCGUUCUCCAAGGAAAUUGGAAGGAGUGCGAAUCCCUAUUUUCUAAAGCUUCGGAGGCUGGACUGUUUACACCGUAUAUACGAGCAUGCGAGCCCCAUGCGAAGUGGACGAGACUCUAUGGCGUAGACGCCGAUGGCGAUGCACCGUCAAAGCGAGGUGGGCACGCCAUGUGCCUUGAUCCUGACAACAACAUGAUAUACCUAUUCGGUGGAUGGGAUGGUCAGAAAAGUCUGGACGACUUUUGGGUGUACGACAUCAAGAAUGAAAGGUGGAAACAACUAAGCCAUAGUACAUCCCUGGAGAAAAACGGUCCUGUGGCAAGAUCAUGUCACAAAAUGGUGUAUGACACUAAGUCAGGUUGUAUUUAUCUAUUGGGAAGACUUGGCGAUGGGGAUCUGGUACGACAAGAUGAUGAAACUGCGGCUGCUUCACAAACGCAGAACGGUGAGACGUCUGGUGGUUCUGCCGAAAGUGUGCCAUCCGCUCCCACCCCAUAUUGUUCCGAGUUCUAUCGCUAUCACACUCGAGGACUCGAUGCAGGGAAGUGGGAUUUGUUGACUUUUGACACGGCCUCAGCAGGUGGUCCGCCACUCAUCUUUGAUCAUCAAAUGGUUAUGGAUUGUGAUGCCCAAAUACUUUAUGUCUUCGGGGGUCGUGUAGUUGAUGGGCAUUGGGAUUCGCCAAAGUACUCGGGUUUAUACAGCUACAAUGUACGAACCAGCAAAUGGAAAUUACUUCAGCCUCUUAACGCAUCAUGCUCUCCUACCUCGCAAACUUCGAUACUACCGCGCUUUGGUCACUCCAUGGUUCUUGACUCUUCCUCCCAUGUUCUUUUUAUUUUUGCAGGCCAAAGGGACAAUAAAUAUCUUUCCGAUAUGUACGCAUACGACAUCACUUCCAAUGUAGUCACGGAGCUCUUUGGUAACUUCAGCACAAGCGGAGGGCCAGACGCGUGCUUCACCCAACGAGCAGUUAUCGAUGCCGGUGAUAAGGAGAUAUAUGUGUUUUGUGGUUUGACAAGGGCACAUCAGUCUUCAGCACUUACUGUACUCCAAUUAGACGCUCCCAACUGGGUGUAUCGAUACGAAAAUGCCGCACGUCCCGGAAAGUGGACGCAGAUCCUUCCGGAGGUCUUGAGAGAUGGUGAAGAAGGACUGGCUCAAGAACCGCUACCCCGGUAUGCACAUCAAGUAGUGUAUGAUGACAGUACGAGAACUGUAUUUAUGCAUGGUGGAAAUGCCGGAGAGGCAGAGGGAGCAGAUUCAGGUGAAAAUGUGGCGGAAACACACGAGGAUGAUGACGAACUGAAGAGUGACCAUACUGGUGAACGAGAUAGGCCUCUAACUAAGGAAACGAGACUGGACGAUUUCUGGAGUAUGACUUUGCAAAGAAUUUCCAGCAAAGAAGUAGUUAGGCGAGGAAUCUACCAGAUUCGAAAGCAACAAUUUCGCGAAAUGUGCGAGGAACAACCUGCUGUGAAGGCUCUCAGGUUCUUGCAGACAGAAGUAUCUGCAGUCGUAGAUCACAAAUCUCCAAAGGAGGCAUCCGUUUUCCGAUCAUUACUAGCACACCUGCUCUCCCCAUCCGUCCCUUUGGCCAAUCCGUCUGAGAAGGAUUCUUCAUCUCAUAUCACCGUGGACGAAUCUAGUGAUGCAGAGGCACCACCUAAGAAACGUUCGCGUCCGAAUACACCUGAUGAAGCUUGGACGAACCAGCUAGAUGAGGAUGAUAUAAGUACGGGAGGCGCUACAUCAUCUGACUCCACUGGGCGUCCGUCGUCUCCGGCGAAGCAGACUCGUGCAGUAUUGUGUUUUGACGAAGAUCCUGAUGAGAUCAGCAGACGUGCGGACACCUCGAAGCCACUUCUAGCAGAACGUUUCAAGCAGCGAACAGAAACUUUUGAGGGUCUACUGGAGCUCAUAGGAGAUGACGCUAAGCAGCCGGAUGGGAGUUUGUUGGAUCUGGUGGAUGUUGACAAUGGUUUGUAA